AGCUUCUGCCAGAGGCUUCCCGGGCUGGUGGCUGACGGUCCCCGCGUCCCUCCUCCCUUCCCCACCCUCCCCGCUUCCCUCUCCUCCCUCGCUCUGGUCCCGUUGCUCUUCCUCCCUCCCUCCCCCCUCCACCCCGGGCCGGCUCCCCACCUCGUCCCGGCCAGGUGUGCCCGGCGUCUGUGGGUCGCCCUUCGCCCAGCCCUCCCGCCCCACCGAGAUGGAGCUGCCCCAGCCGGAGCCCGCGGCAGCCUCGACUCUCAGUCCGGCCGACGUGCGCGGUGGCGCCCAGCGUCCCGGCCACCUCUCGGGCCUCCGGCUGGGGGCUCAUGGCCUCCUGGGGUCUCCGAACCGCGCCGCCGCUUCCUCGCCGGUCACCACCCUCACCCAGACCAUGCACGACCUCGCCGGGCUCGGCAGCGAGACCCCAAAGAGUCAGGUAGGCAGCCUGCUCACAUGCCUAUCCCUGUCCCGUCGGGCGUCUGAAUCCUCCCUGUCGUCUGAGUCCUCUGAAUCUUCUGAUGCAGGUCUGUGCAUGGACUCUCCCAGCCCUAUGGACCCCCAGGUGGUGGAUCAGACAUUUGAACAGGCUAUCCAGGCAGCCAGCCGAGUUAUUCGAAAUGAGCAGUUUUCUAUCCGACGCUUCCAGUCCUUGCCGGAUGGAUUUGUCUUCAAGAUGCCGGGGAAGCCCACACAUCCCAGCCACACCCAUGCCCUGGCAGAGUGGGCCAGCCGCAGAGAAGCCUUUGCCCAGAGGCCAAGCUCGGCUCCCGACCUGAUGUGUCUCACCCCUGAGCGGAAGAUGGAAGUAGAGGAACUGACUCCCCUGGCUCGGUGCUGCUUCUCCCUGACCCCAACCAAGUGUGCUGCCGAGGAAGAUGAUGGAUUCGUAGAUAUCCUGGAGAGUGACUUAAAGGAGGAUGAUGUAGUCCCCCCAGGCAUGGAGAGCCUCAUUAGUGCCCCACUGGUCAAGACCUCAGAAAAGGAAGAGGAGCAGGACCUCAUCAUGUACAGCAAGUGCCAGCGGCUCUUCCGCUCUCCGUCCAUGCCCUGCAGCGUGAUCCGGCCCAUCCUCAAGAGGCUGGAGCGGCCCCAGGACAGGGACCUGCCCAUACAGAGCAAGCGGAGAAGGAGCGUGACCCCUCCAGAGGAGGAGCAGCGAGAGGCUGAGGAACCCAAAGCCCGCGUUCUCCGCUCAAAGUCCUUGUGUCAUGACGAGAUUGAGAACAUCCUGGACAGUGACCACCGAGAACUGAUCGGGGAUUACUCCAAGGCCUUCCUCCUACAGACUGUGGAUGGAAAGCACCAAGACCUCAAGUACAUCUCACCAGAAACGAUGGUGGCCCUGCUGACAGGCAAGUUCAGCAACAUCGUGGAGAGGUUUGUGAUUGUGGACUGCAGAUACCCCUACGAGUAUGAAGGCGGGCACAUCAAGACUGCUGUGAACCUGCCUCUGGAAAGGGAUGCUGAGACCUUCCUGCUACAGAGCCCCAUCACACCCUGUAGCCUGGACAAGAGAGUCAUCCUCGUUUUCCACUGUGAAUUUUCAUCUGAGCGGGGGCCCCGCAUGUGCCGUUUCAUCCGGGAACGGGACAGAGCCUCCAAUGACUACCCCAGCCUCUACUAUCCUGAGAUGUAUAUCCUCAAAGGCGGCUACAAGGAGUUCUUCCCACAGCACCCGACCUUUUGUGAGCCUCAGGACUACCGGCCCAUGAACCAUGAGGCCUUCAAGGAUGAGCUGAAGACCUUCCGCCUCAAGACGCGCAGCUGGGCUGGUGAGCGGAGCCGGCGGGAGCUCUGCAGCCGCCUGAAGGACCAGUGAAGUGCUGGCAACUGUCCCACCCGCCUUUCUUGCUUUGUGCGGCCUGGGCGUCAGCUGCCCAGUGGCUUACAGGGCUGAGGAUCUGCUGUCUGGGCGAAAGACGGUGAGGGUGUCCUGUCUGUCUGCCCCAGUGCUGAUCCCCUCUCUCACUCCAGUCAUACUGCAUAUCCUGGUGACACCCACGCCCCCACCCCUGGCACCCCUGGAAGAGCCCAGCCUGCUGACUUAGUGAAAUUGGAUUAAGUCUAGUUCAAAGGAAGUAUUUUGUGUCUAGCAGGAGCCUUUUCUUUUUUUUUUUUUCUGUAUUGUUUGGGUUAACCCUUUGUCUUCCUGUAUUCAGAAAAGCCCCCUUUUUUCUAGGGGCUUUGUUUGUAUGUAUGAGGCUGAGAGAAAGCUACAGCCCCCUAGGAUGGGCCCCAGCUGUACUCUUCCCUGCCUUAGAGGAGUCAGCACUGUGCCCCAGGCCCUUGACAGCACUCCUGAGUGUGUGUGCCAAGUUCCCCUUUCUCUUUUCCUCUUUCCUGUCCCUCCAUAUGAACACCUCCAGCAUAGACAUGAGCUCUUACUCUUUCCUGUUUCAGUGUUAUCUGUAUGCUUGAUUUGUCCUUUUUUUUUUUUUUUUUUUUUUUUUUUGCCCAUCUCAGGAUAGUCACAGGCUAAGGUUUAGGUUCCCCCGUCCAGUUGGGGUUAAAGACUCAAACUUUCAUAACCCACUUGGCCCUGGCUUCUGUUGCCUCAGAAAGGGAUGUUAUUAUCUGCGGAGGCCCUUGGGUGAGGGCUAAGGCCUCCAUCCUGAGCCCACUGGAAGCCCAGCCCUCACUGCUGUGAACCCUGGGGCCUGGACCAUGUCAGAACUUGCUGCUGUCUUGUCAUGGAUGGACAGAUGGACGAAUGGAAGAGUGGAUGGAUGGAUGGCCAUGGAUGCACAAUGUCUUGUCCACAAGCCGCUGAGUUGAAAGUGUCUCAGUGAGGAUGACAGCCUGCAGCAGGAGUAUACAUGUAUCUGUGUGGACAAAAUCUUUACACUUUAAGGUUUGGAGAUAUUCAAAAGGAAAUGUCAUGGAAACAGCUAAACCAAGGCCAGCCACCUCUGGAUUCUGAAUCUCAGGAAAUGGGCAGGGCUUCUUGAAGACCCUGAUGAGUCAUCUGGUAGGGUCUUGGUUCAAUAAAGCACUGAGCAAGUUGAGUAAGGCAGCACGUGUCCUGUGGAGCCCUUGACAAGACUGCGGCAGACACUGAUGGUGGAAUAUGGCAGGGGCAAGUCAGCACAUUGAGGCUGGAAGACUCCUGGGAAGGUGGCCUCAUACUCUCUUCCCAAGUCUUGCCAAGAUUUUGGAUUCAGCCUCCCCAUUUCCCUCAUCUGGCUGCUCAAGCACUUCUGGGCUCACACUUCCUAAAUUCUGCACCAAAAAGGCAAGAGUGAUGCCAUCAAUUCUCUCCUCUAGAAUUGUCAGUGGCUCACCAUCGCCCUCAGAUAAACUUAAAAGUCUCAUAGCCCUUUAG